CAUUAAUUCCGCUUCCUGCAGAAGAAGCCGUGACAAAUGUUGUUGAUGAUGUAGAAUUAUUGUAGAAUUUACCGGUUAACAAUGAGUGGCACAACUGAAACACCAAACACAGGAGGUGGUGGGGCAGGCUCCUCUAAUCAAAAUGAAGAUAAUGAUGGUUCUGUUUACGAGUGCAACAUAUGCCUGGACACUGCCCACGACCCAGUUGUCAGUAUGUGCGGUCAUUUAUUUUGUUGGGCGUGUCUCCACCAGUGGAUAGAAACACGCCCGAAUCGGCAGACCUGCCCUGUUUGUAAGGCAGGAAUAAGUAAAGACAAAGUUAUUCCUAUUUAUGGAAGAGGAAACCCAAAUCCACAGGAUCCCAGGGAGAAGCUUCCCCCACGCCCACCUGGUCAGCGGUCAGAACCAGAAGGAUCAGGGGGAUUUGGUGGCUUUGGCCUCGGUGAUGGAGGAUUUCAGUUCUCAUUUGGUAUUGGUGCCUUUCCCUUUGGCAUUUUUGCCUCAACCUUUAACUUCAAUGAUGGCCGACCUGGUCCCCCAACAGCCAACUCCCCACAGCAUGCAGAAGAACAGUUCCUGUCGAGAGUUUUCCUGUGGGUGGCCAUUGUAUUUAUUGUGUGGCUCUUACUGGCUUGAUUUUGACACUGGGUCACACAAAACUGAAUGUAAAUUAAAAUCUUCAAACAUCACAGAAUAUGGAACAUUGUAAGCAGGAACAUUUAUCUGUGAAAAUGAUGAGCGCAUUGAUAAUUGACAUAUAACACUUCAGGCAUUAUUGUUGUAACAUAUUUAUAGUUGAGGGAUCUGUCACAUCCUCCGAAUUUGAAGGGGACACAUUCCAGCAAUCCGAAACUAACCCCAAGAUCCAUUCCCUUGGGUUCUUGUGACUUCAAAUUACCUGCCUUGAAUUUCAUUAGCCACUUUAAUUUGCUACACUACUCAGUCCAUCAGAGUGUAAGUAACGACCAACCUAAAUGUUGGAUUCAUGGUAUUUACAACAUGGUGCCCAGUCCCUUUAAUCAUGAUAGAGUUUGGAAACAUUGAAAAUCAGACUGACACACAACUGAAGGUGCUCAAGAAUCUUUUUAAUGGAAAGGAUGUCUUCAAGUCCAUUAACAAAUGCAGUGGCUAGUCUUCCUUUGCUGCAUGUACCUGUAACACGUUGACUGCCUAUCACGGGUAUACUUGUAUCAAUUGUGUUCGAAUUUGUCAUUACGAGUAAAUACCACUGAUGUAGCUACAAGAUAACUCGUAGUGGCAAAUUCGAACAGACAUUGAUACUACGAGUAUACUUGUGGUGGCAAUCAACGUGUUAAGUUUCUCACAGAUUGAUUGGUCAUAAAAUGUUAUUGGAAAUCAUGGCAGGUAACUUUCAAUCACAUGAACUACAGGAAUGGAUCCAGAGAUUUGUGUAGCUUUAUUGAAAUGCAAGCCCUGAGGUAAUGAGGAUGGAUUGAUUGGAAAAUAUUUGUCAAUGUUCGAAGAACAAAGGCUGCAGUUACACGAUAAACAGGUUGUUUGGUGACGGCGAAGCUGCAAACAAAAGGUUCUUAGUUUCCACGGUUAUAACACAUUGUUGUGUUAAGAUAUUUUAUCAACAGUACAAUCGUGCAUUUACAUAAAAUCUGUUGAUAACUGAUGCCAAAAUCUCAUGCAUAAUUUAAAACCAAUUCAUAGAUGUUUGUGUGGUUGGGUAUUUGUGCAAGGUCUGAGUGUGUGUGACUGUAUACAUGAUAUAAGGUUGACUGACAGAAGUACUUUUACAAUACAUUUUCUGUAUGAAACAGAAACCUUUCUUCCGAUUUAUGGGAUAAAUUGAUAAUUGUGUUCAUAUUCUAUUGUGGCUUGUAUAUAGGUAAGGUAACUUAUAUUCUCAGCAGAUUAACCAAAAUUAUGUUUCUGUAAUUACUGUUAUUAUUACUUUUCUUGUCUUGUCCUUGUUUAUUUAGCACUGCAAUGACUGGAUGGAAUGUCAGUAUUGUUUUCUGUGGAGGCAGGGUCUAUUUUGAUGCUUGAGUAAAGGUUCACAUUUCCAAACACAAUGAGCUCAGUUUAUCAUUCAUAUUUAUUAUGCUUAUAUAUUAUGCACUCAUUAAGAAACAGCUUCCACUAUGAAACUGUUCAUGUAAUGGGUGGGUUCUGUGGCGGGAUAAAGCCAGUGGAUGAAACGGUAUUCUUUUGGGUCAUAUGCAGAUAACUAUGCAAAUAUUUAAUGUCAGAUAAUGGAAAAUACUUCUAGAGUUUCCAAAUAAGCACUGCAUCAUCUUUAUCUAUUAGCCAUUGUGUCCGAGUUAACACAGACCAAGUGACUAAUCUUUGGCCAUCUGAAGAAAUUUUUAAUGCCCAUACCUUGAUGAGAAUACUUUUUUAAUAUGUUUAAAGAAUGACAUUAAGAGCAAAAGAACACAUGGUUGUGUGUUUAUUGUUUGUUUUGGAUUGUUUUUUUGUAUUCUAAACAUGACAUCACUUGCGUGAUAACAUCUGUGGACUAUAUCAAUUUUAAAUUUAAAUGUGGGGAAAUUUGUCAGUUCCAAUCUGUAUGAAGUACUAGUUCCUAUUUGCAUGACAAUAUUCAGAAGAAAUGAGACAAGUCCCAGUCUACAGCAAUUGUGUGUAAGAGUUUAGUUUUACGCCGCUUUUAGCAAUAUUCCAGAAAUAUCACAGUGGGGAACACCAGAAAUGGGCUUCACACAUUGCACCCAUGUAGGGAAUCGGACCUGGGUCUUCGGCAUUACAAGUGAACGCUUUACCCACUAGGCUACCCCACCGCCCCUUUACAGUAAUUGGGUAACCCUAGGAAAUGAUCAGUAGUGAAUACUGAAACAAGGCCUUAUAGUAUUUUUUUUGUUGGUUUAGGAGACAAUAAAACCUGAAAUAUAUUUUUCAGUGGUUUAUAAAAGUUAGGAUGAAUGUCCAAGUCAUGGCAGUGUCAGCAAUGUGCUCUGUUGGAUUGUUGAUGUAAGUAUCAUAUUGCUGUUAUUUUGCACAUUGAACAUAACCCACUCAUUGUAACAUGUCACUAUCAGCUGUAAACAGUACAUGCAAUUGUAUGCAUUUAGGCACGAACUAACACUGAAAAAUAUAAUAGCACAUUAUUUCAUGAGGGACUGGUAAUCCCAAUUCUGAGUGUCAAUGAGCUGUCUUUGUAAUGUUACUCAAGAUGAAGUGUAAUGUUUGUAAAUAAAAUUACUACUGAUGAAA